CGACCUCACCAAGAUGGCCGCCACUCGGGCCCCUCGCUCAGCUGUGGUUUGUGGUCGCUAGGCAACGUGGAGACUCUGCGCGGAGAGGAGCUGAGACGAUGGAGGAGAAUCUGCGGCGUCUCCUGGAGUAACUCCACCAACUAGAAUGAUGGGGUCGGAGUCGGUGAAGGUGGUGGUCAGGUGCAGGCCCCUGAACGACAGGGAGAAGGCCCUGGGCUCCAACAUGGUGCUGACCAUGGACCUGCGGCGCUGCCAGUGUUUCAUAGAGAAGCCCGGGGCGGCGGAUGAGCCUCCCAAGCAGUUCACCUUCGAUGGGACCUACUUCACCGAUCAAACCACCGAGGAGGUGUACAACGAGAUCGCCUACGCUUUGGUGGAGGGAGUCACUGAAGGAUACAAUGGCACAAUCUUUGCCUAUGGACAAACUGGAAGCGGAAAGUCAUACACAAUGCAGGGGGUGUCUGAGCCUGCAGCCCAGAAGGGAGUCAUCCCGAGGGCGUUUGAACACAUCUUUGAGAGUAUUCAGUGUGCAGAAAAUACGAAGUUCCUGGUGAGGGCGUCAUACUUGGAGAUUUACAAUGAAGAAAUCAGAGACCUUUUGGGAAGCGACACCAAACAGAGACUGGAGCUGAAAGAGCACCCAGAGCAUGGGGUGUACGUGCGUGACCUCUCCAUGCACACCGUGCACAAUGUGGGCGAGUGUGAGAGAAUCAUAGAGCAGGGCUGGAGGAACCGGGCGGUGGGCUACACGCUGAUGAACAAAGACUCCUCCCGCUCCCACUCCAUCUUCACCAUCCACUUAGAGAUCUGCAACACUGAUGCAGCAGGGCAGGACCACCUCCGAGCAGGUAAACUCAACCUUGUUGACCUGGCAGGAAGUGAGCGUCAGUCCAAAACCGGUGCCACUGGCGAACGACUGCGUGAGGCAACCAAGAUCAACCUCUCCCUCUCGGCCCUGGGUAACGUCAUCUCAGCCCUGGUGGACGGACGCUCCAGAUACAUCCCCUACCGGGACUCCAAGCUGACGAGGCUUCUGCAGGACUCUCUGGGAGGAAACACACGCACCUUGAUGAUCGCUUGUCUCUCCCCGGCUGACAAUAACUACGAGGAGACCCUGAGCACGCUGCGCUAUGCCAACCGAGCCAAGAGCAUCCAGAACAGGCCGCGGAUCAACGAAGACCCCAAGGAUGCUCUGCUCAGAGAGUAUCAGGAAGAGAUCAAGACGCUGCGGGCCCUCAUCUCAGGCCAGCUGGGCAUGGCUAACCUUUCCACUCUGUUGGCUGGUCAGUUGUCUCAAACAUCCCCUGAUCUUCCUUCAAGGCCAGAGUCAAAUACCACAGAAGCAGAGAAGGAGAAGAUUAAAGAGGAGUAUGAGGAGAGGCUGGCCAAGUUGCGGGCCGAGUACAAUGCAGAGCAGGAGUCCAAGGCAAAGCUGCAGGAGGACAUUGCUGCACUGCGUUCCUCUUAUGAAUCCAAAGUGUCCAAUCUGGAGAAGGCCCGAGCCAGCAGGGGGAGCACUGUCCCAAAGAAUGUUAACAGGAAAUCCUCUGGCCAUCACAGAGACACAGCAUCAGUGAGCUCGAGCUGUAUGACACAAGAGGAGCUCUGCCUUAAAAAUGACACCUUGUGUCUCAGUGCACCGGGAGAAACUUCUAAGCCUCCUGCUCCUUGUGCUGAAGAUGAGGUCCAAAUAGGUUCAGGUGGAGACGGGCUCAGUGACUCAGAGGACGUCGCCACAGCAGAACCUCUGGACCAGAAACAUGUCCUGGAAAGGCUGCAGCAGCUGGAACAGCAGGUUGUGGGAGGAGAGCAGGCCAGGAACAAAGAGCUGCAGCAGAGACACCGGCAGAGGAAGAAUCUCGCCGACCAGAGAAAAGUGCAGCUCAUCCGAGCGCUGUCGGAGAACAGUGAGGAGAGUGAAAAUGUGCUGCUGAAUGUCUACAACUCUAUCCAGGAGGAAGUCCAUGCCAAAAGUCAAAUCCUGGUCAAGGUGCAGGGAAAGCUGAAAGCAGCCAAACUGGAGAUCCGUGACCUGCAGGCAGAGUUUGAAGUGGAGCGGAACGACUACCUGGCAACCAUCCGCCGGCUGGAGAAGGAGGGCCAACUGCUGAACAGCCUGCUGGAGCGCAUGGUACCCCUGGUGCGCCGCGACUGCAACUACAGCAACCUGGACCGCCUGAAGAAAGAAGCGGUGUGGGACGAGGACAGUGUCACUUGGAGGCUGCCGGAUGUGAUGGUGCAGAAAACAACGCUGCCUUCAGCCGUGCAUACAAAACCAUCAACCAGAAGAGGCUCAGCUGCUGAUGGUGGAGAACCAUGUUUGCAGGUGGAAGAGGACAGGUAUAAGGAAAUGCUGGACCGCAGUGACAGUGAGAACAUCGCCAGCAGCUACUUCAAGUCGAAGAGGACCAGUCAACUGCUGGGGGGGGACACUACCAAGGGACACGCCAUCCACUCUCCUCCUCUUGUCAACGGAGCAGCCCACCUAUCACUGAGCAGUUCUGCUGUGAGCUCAUCUGUCAGCUCUGACUCCGUCAUGCCUCGACCCUUCCGCCUGGAGUCGCUGGGUGCCCCCGUGUCCAAUGGUAAGGGGAAGCGUAAAAAAAGCAGAUCUCAUAAUGAGGCGAUUUAAAAAGACUGUGUGUGAACUCUCAUGUCCUACCUUCUCUAACACGCCUCAAUGUGUUUUUUGUUUAAAGGUCCAGUGUGUAGGCUGUAGAGGAAGUGUAAUGCUAAUAUUUAUGUUUUUAUUGAAGUAUAAUCACAGUUUCUGUUCACUUAAAACAAGCCCUUUAUAUCAGGGACGGGUCCUCUUCCACUUGGUCCAACAUGUUGCAGCACCAUGUUUUUUACAGUUGCCCAGAACAGACACAUCCAAACACUGGCCCAUCAGAGGGUCUUUCUUGUAUUUUUCACUUGCAGGAAGGUAACGGUCACAAAUAUGCAAAUGCAGGAGAAUUUCUCAGGUCAAAGCUCACCAAAGUUGAACUCCACACGAAGCCACGCUGUGGAUUUCCUUUGCCAUCGAAGGUUUAAUUUGCUCCCUCGCUGCUGCAUUUGCAUAUUUGUAUCACGUUGGCUGGGCUGUGUACCGGAUUUUUUCGCUGUACGUGCCUGUAAUCAGGGAAAACAUUGGGCUCGGGUCAAUGUUCUAACACACGAAACCAAAUGCCUGUCAGGGUCUGUUAGUUUUCAGACUCUACUUCUCCUCCACAGGAGGGGAAGGGUAUUCAGUUGAACACAAUAUACAACUUUGCCACUAGAUGCCACUAAAUCCUACACACUGAACCUUAAAAAUAUUGAAUACAAUGUGAUUGGUUACAUACAGUAUAUUGUAGAUGAUCCAAUACUUUUUGAUAACUACACAUAACCAGAAAUGUAUACAUCAGGCACUUUUAGUUGACACAGAGUGAUGUCAUGUGUUUUAAAUCACAGUUUGAAUGUUAUUGGGAUCAGUUACCUUCAUUAUGAUUCUACCCUUGAAUUUUUGCACUGUACUUCAAAACUUUCGUACACUCCAACUGUUGUAACGUUCACCUGCUGCUGAAUAGAUCGAAUAAAUCAA